AUGCUCCUCGUGAUCGUAUUUUUUUUCUCGAUAUUGCUCAAUCUUGAUGCUGCUACAAUGAUUCAUGCAAGGGGCAUUUCACAGGGUGGUCAAAGUUCAUCUCCUCCGGUCAAGCUCCGUGUAUCGGAUAAGCAUGUGGAGAUGGAUAACGGCAUCGUUAAACUCACAUUGCUGAAACCGAGCGGCUUUAUUACAGGCGUAAGUUAUAGAGGAAUCGAAAACAUUCUCGAGUACAAAAAUGCGGAAGAUCGUAGAGGUUACUGGGACAUUGUAUGGAGUAGGCCACAGAAAGACUCGAGCUUUUUCGACACGCUUGACUGUACAAACUUCAAAGUUGUAGAACAAACUGACGAUCAAAUUGAAGUCUCGUUCACCAAGACUUGGAGCGAGUCCCGUGGUGAAAAAAUCGUACCCCUAAAUGUCGAUAAGCGGUUUAUAGUCCUGCGUGGGGUUUCUGGUUUCUACUCGUAUGCAAUAUUCGAGCACUUGGAAGGGUGGCCCGAUUUGAACAUCGACGAAGCAAGAAUUGCCUUCAAGCUUCACCAGGACAAAUUCAAUUACAUGGUUAUAUCAGACAAUAAGCAACGAUUCAUGCCAACCGAUAAAGAUAGGAAAGCCGGCCAGAUUCUUGGUUACAAAGAAGCUGUUUUGAUCACAAGUUCCCAUAAUCCAAGACUCAAAGGAGAGGUCGAUGACAAGUAUCAAUACUCGUGUGAUAACAAGGAUAACCGAGUCCACGGGUGGAUUAGCUCGAACCCGAAGGUUGGAUUUUGGGUGAUUACGCCAAGUGACGAGUUCAGAGCCGGUGGGCCCGUCAAGCCCGACCUCACGUCCCAUGCAGGCCCAACUUCACUAGCCAUAUUCUUUAGCGACCAUUACGCGGGCCCCAAUUUUGGAGUUAAAUUACGCGAUGGUGAGCCUUGGAAGAAGGUUUUCGGGCCCGUUUUUGUGUACCUUAACAAUGCUGAUCCCGACAAUAAAUCGACUGUACUCUGGGAGGAUGCUAAGAGACAAAUGUCGGAAGAGAUUGAAAAAUGGCCUUACGAUUUUCCAGCGUCGAAAGAUUUCCCAGGUGGCAGUCAACGUGGGACCAUAACCGGUCGAUUAAUGGUCCGCGACAAGUACAUCAAUAAUCGGGAGCUUAUGGCGGCAAAAUUCGCUUAUGUGGGGUUAGCUCAACCUGGAAAUGUAGGGUCCUGGCAAGAUGAUUCCAAGGGGUACCAAUUUUGGACACAGGCUAAUGAAACAGGGCAUUUCACGAUAAACGGUGUUCGAGCAGAGACUUAUAAUUUGCACGCUUGGGUCCCGGGAGUCAUCGGAGACUAUAAGCAUGAUGCUAACGUUACAAUCCGACCAGGAAGCAAAAUCGAAAUAGACGAACUUGUAUACGAUCCACCGAGAAGUGGGCCCACAUUAUGGGAAAUCGGGAUUCCUGAUCGCACGGCAGCCGAGUUUUACGUGCCUGAUCCUGCUCCAGGCCUUGUGAACAAGCUGUUCAUAAACCAUACCGAAAAGUAUAGGCAAUAUGGUUUAUGGGAUAGGUAUACAGAUUUAUAUCCUACUCAAGAUCUGAUUUACACAGUUGGGGUCAGUGACUAUAGUAAAGACUGGUUCUUUGCCCACGUAAAUAGGAAUGUGAACAAUACCAACUAUAUGCCAACAACUUGGAGAAUCGUGUUCGAUGCAAGAAAUGUUCGGAGAAGAGAGACUUACACGUUGAGGCUGGCAUUGGCUUCGGCUAGCUUAGCCGAGUUACAA